AUGCCAACCUGCAGGAGGCCGAGGCAGCCAACGGGGGUGGGUAGGCGGUGCAACUCCGAAUAUCGGCCGCAGCAGCGAAGGCGAUGGUCGCAAACGUUGGAUCCAUACUCCCAGCCGCUGCGGCGGCGGGUUGCCCCGUCGCCGUCGCCCUCACCCGCUACGCAGGCCACACAACGUGCUUGCUCAGCGGCAGAAAGCCCAGCACAGCUGUGCUUUCUCGCCACGGACAUUGAAGCGCUUCGGCGUCUCACGCUGGAGGAGUGGAGUAUAUGCAAUCUGAUGGCUAGCUUGCUUCAGCACAAGACAAAAGAGGAGGCUGAACGCAUUACCGCCGAAGUGACCCAACUAGCGCUGCAUCGCCGUCUGCUUGCGGGAUACAGUGGGGUGUAUGCCGACAGCUCCCCCAGCGGCGAGGAGUACACUCAGGAAGCUGAAGAUGAAGACGGAAGGGCCGAGUUGAUUCGCCGCCUACAGGAACAGCAACGACGCGAAGAGGAGAGACGAAGACAUUUGCGUGGCUACAACCGUAAGAGGCAACAGGAGAAUCUAAGAGCAACGUGCAGGAAUAUUUUUUGUAGCGGUGUUGCAAAUGGCAACCUCGAUGCUGCUGGCAUGGUGAAUAAAAGAAGAGGUUUGACAUACAGGCGCAAUACAUUUCCUGAAGGAAUUCCGUCGCGGCGGCAACGUCAGCGGGAGAAGCAGAAACAUAUGCAGGAGCAGAAGCAGCAAUGCUCACAUGACAAUGGGGAGGAAGUGAUGGUGACGAAGGCGCCGGUUUCUGUUCCAAGUGUGUCACCGAACAUUCCACGACGGACGAAGUCACUCAAGGGUGUACCCUCCUUUGACGAGGCCUGUGCAGACCGUUACGGUGGUUCUGCGUAUUCCAAUGAAAGCACGCCGUCUGUGUCGCUUGGUAGCUACGCUGCAAUGAGCGCAGCAGAUGACUCUGUUCGGCGAUCAACUUCAUUGCCUUCUGCGGGCGCUACUUACUUUGACCGAUACGUCAAAAAGAGCACUUGGUCAACUAACGAUGCUGCCUACAUUGAUGCCCAUGCCUCGCCCUUGAUGGCCUCCACCACGCGCCCCUCAGAAGCUCGAGUGGCGGUGAGUGAACUUUGCACUUCGGCUUCCAAGGGGAGGAAGCCGCCGCGGUUACUCGACGAGCACCACCGCGCCGGGCUUUUACCAGUGCAGGCGACAAACCCGCAGUGCGUGAAGGCCAAAUUGGCUUCCUCGUCGCUGCUCUCCUCCUUGACUUCGCCCUCCUCUAGCAGCAUCGGGAAUGACACAGAGCAGGGGCAGGGGGGAGGUCCACCACGAUGGUAA